CGUAAUUAUUUCUUUUCAACAUUUUGCGAAUAUACUAAAUGACUGUUAUGACAAUUAAAACGAAUAACUCAUCGGAGAGUUUAUGUGAUACGUUAGAUGAAUUAUAUCUGGAUUUCGAGUUAGAUAGUGCUUAUUAUAUAGGAGACAGAAAUGGGAAAUGUAAUUUGUCAGCAAAUGAACCACAUAGACAUGAGACAAAAGACAGAAUUUCUAACACCUGGUAUUUCCAGAUAAUAAAACCGGAUAGGGACGGCGAUAACAUAUUAAUGGUAGCCAUUAUUCUCGGAAAAGUUAAUAUAGCCAUGAUGUUGAUAGAUUUAAUUCCGGAUUACAGAUGGUUAUCGAGGCAAAACAGAAUGUUUCAGACAUCACUACAUCUAGCGACCCUGGCAAACAACAGUGAACUAGUAAGAAGACUUGUUGUUGCAGGAAUAGACGUGCACAAACAAGAUUGGAGAGGAAAUACCGCUUUGCAUAUCGCUUGUCUGAAAGGUUUCCGAGAUAUUGCCGAAACAUUGCUUACUCCAGUAACAUAUUCUGAGACUAAACUGAACACGUAUGAAAUUCCAUAUCAACCGAUACCUCAGAAUCUAGAGAUAAGAAAUGUUGAUGGUUUAACUUGUUUUCUUCUAGCAACUAUAAAUAGGGAUAGAGAUAUGAUCGACUUACUUAUUGACAAAGAUGCCGACAUAAAUUCUUUUGAUAUGAAAUCCGGGAAAAUAUGUUUGCAUAUAUUGGCAGAAUAUGGUGAUGCUGUCUUGAUGAAAUAUCUGUUAUCCAAGCCGAGAGUAAAUGUCAAUGCUAAAACGUAUUCAGGUCAUACAGCAUUACAGAUUGCUAAUUAUAGAUGUAAUGAUCAGAUAGUGUACUUACUAAGGUUAGCUGGUGCAGAGGAAAUGCUAUCAGAUGUGGAAUAUAUUUCAGAUUAAUUUAACAAAUAAUCAAGGCCGCCGAGUUGUUUAUCGUCUAAUUUACCACGGCUCAAAGUUCAGAUGCGUAGUAAUUGAAAAUUGUAAAAUACUGAAGCAUCUGAACGAUGAACCUUGGUAAAUUAGAUGAUUAAUCACAAGAAGGCCUUGAUUGUUUUCAUUCUGACAUGCUCAUUAACAAAUAUUAUGCUGGACUUCAUUUACCCAAGGAGUAAUGUAUCGGGCGUCAUGUGGUAAUUUGACGUCACAAUUGACAUCACAAUGCUCUCUUACCGGUCCGCGCGUCUUCCGUUGUUUAUCGCAGAAUAUAAAGAGCUUGACUUUCUUCUUUGUUUAACUGGAAAUCAAAUCGAGCCAUGUUAGAAUAAUGUAUACAUUUUCUCUUUGGAAAUGAUAUAUAUAAGAAAUCAUUCGUUUGAUAAAUAUGCAAGUUUUAUAUACGUAUACAGUUUACCUCUAAGCAUUAGAAUAAGAAUGAAAAAAGCGGUGGUACAUUGUAGAUAACAUGAAAGGCAUAUUUGCACAUCCUUAAGUUCAAAGUAAAUAAUUUUAGUAGGUUAUUGCCAAAUUGAUUACCUGAACCAUUAAAGAUUGAUUCAAAAAAUAUUCGUGUUGAUGGACUUGACAUUCAUUUUUGUCUGGUAAUAUUUGCCGUAAUUUAUAUUAACACUGAAUGUUUUUGCCUUAUUUCGCUGAUUAAUUUAAGAUUAAGUAUGAUAUAUAUCUAUCUGUAUACGAAAUGUUUGAACUUGAAAUGUAACUAGCAUAACAUUUGGAACUAAAAUUUAGAGAACUUCUUCAUAUAUUAUAAUUCUAAAGUUAUCAAAAUCAUAUUUUGUAACAAUUUUAAGGGAGUAAACUUUUGCCGGUAAAAUAAUUAGGUCUAUGUUGCAGGGUACAAGGACUUAAAUUAGAUUUGUUUAGCCGAUCGAAUUCCUGUUUGCACGUUCUUCGAGUUCUAUGUCUGUAUAUUUUCAUUUGUAUUCACAUACUCAUGACUACUGCACAUUCGGGUAACUCAGUAACUAGAAAACAAUCAUAUCAUUCGAGACGUAACGAGUUUAUGAACUGAGCAGUGCGUUGUAACUUCAUGACGAUUUGGCGGAAGAAAAAGGUGUCUGAAGUAUUUUUGUCCAUUUUCAUUUAAAGUUGAGUACAUGUUUAAAUAUAUACGUAGAAUAUACUAAUAGUUACUUUGUACUGUAGUAUGAAUAGUUUUAUUAAAAUGUUUUAUGUUAAUAAAAAUUUGAGUAAAUAUAAGUGAAAUCUUGA